AUGAGUAGCACAACUGAGGGCCAUGUUCCAUCAGCAACAACACUUGAUCAGGAUAUAAUAACGGAAAAUGGCAUCAAUUUAACUAUUAUUACACCCCAAGUACUACAUUAUACAUCAACUUUCGCGUCAAGUAACGCUUCGCAUCCAAUAUUAACGACUAUUAAAUCAUCAGAUAUAGACGGUCAACAAACACAUAUUAUUAAAAUCAUCGAAUACGCUGUACCAUUAGGUUGUGUAGCUCUUUUACUACUAAUAUUAACGGUAGUAAAGAUUCGCCAUCGUCAACGUGGUAGUAACAUAUGGCUAUUGAUUCGACGUAUGAGAAAUACAAACUUGAAAUUGUUUGGAACUACAUUAAGAAGAGAUUCUGAAUUUAGUUUUCAGUCUGGUCCGAUGGAUGAUUCAAUUGAAUGCAGAGGAGUGGUAAAACAAAAGAACAAUAAUCAGCAGAAAAGCGAGAGUAUAGGGGUUAAACCCAUGGCCUCAUUGUAUAGAUGA